UUGAGGACUUCGUUGAUUUCUUUGCCUUUCAAGACGCAGGCGAGGGCUACAUAGUCUUCACUUCCUGGCCUGCAAAUCGUUUUCUCAGUCCGUGCGUGUCUCGUUUCGGGUCUCGUAGCCAAUGUUUGCGGCAUCGCAACUCUUCAAGUUUGGGGUCGGCCCGCUUGAUGCGCUGCCCUUGUCAUUUUCUUUGCGUGCAUCUUUGAAACAUUUUUUCUUGACAUUGCCUGAGCGCGCCGAUGUGCUUCCACGGUUCUUUUCCCUGCCACGUCUCUGUCGCGUCCAUGCUCUCAACAUUCCCGUGACCGCUGCUCCCACUCGUGACCUCGCCGGCUUCGUAGCGUCUGUAAAUUCGUACAUUGUUUCCAUCCGCUUCUGGCGACGGAACGCGACGUUUGUUCCACAUUCUCUCAGGUCCGUCUACGUUUUCUCUCCGCGAAGAACGCCGCGGUUUAGAAAACGCUGUCAAACGCCGUUGAGUUGCCGGGCUCUUUGACAGUGGUUGGUCACGACCCUUUCAGCCGUGCUGCAUGCGCUCUGUGACCCUUUUCCCUCUCGUUGGUCGGUUCCAAACGGAUUCCUCAGGCGGAAGACGUCUGUACUCUCAGCGUUAUUUCUGUGGCUUACGCCAGGCGUUCUGCGCCUGUGUCGCACUAAGGUGGCUCUGCCCACUCUCUGCGGCGCUUGGAUUCGUGCCACAAACUUUCUUCCGAGGCGAGCCUGUGGCGAACUCGAGCGCAACACGGUCCUGUGUCGAAUUUUCCACUCUGUACAGAGCGAGUUCAGCGGCGGGUAGUGGAGAUUUUCCUUGCCUCAGGUGGUAACUUGGUCACCCCCGCUGUGUAAAAGUCUUUGUGUCGCGUGUGGCGGUCACGUCGUUUGAGGAAGCGCGAUGCCGCGGUUCCUCAGCACGGAGGCUGAGCCACUGUCUCUGUGAAUUUCGUGCGUAUCAACAAUUUCAAAAUACUCAGCGGAGUCGCUAUUUCGAAUCGCAAGGCGGCCACGUGCUCUUGAACGUCGGCGCGCGAGGCUCUGUCCACCGUGCCCCGGACGCUGCAGACAUCUGCGGUCGCUAUACGCGUCUGUAAGGCCGUUCUGCUUUUAUGUGGACGGCCAAGGUGACCAUCUCCGCGUUGCAUUAAGCAAUGUAAGGUUCGACACUUGUGGGCGUUUUGCCGAAACAAGAAAAUCUCAAGAGUGUACAAACCCGCGAAACACUCUGCCGUUUUUGAAGUGGAGCGCGAAGCGCUCCAGAGUGUGCCACACGCCAGUGUCUCUGUGCAGAAAUUCAUCUGCUUUAGUCCAGCGAAUUCAACGGAGGCAAGGACCGUUCCGGCACGCUGGGGUUCUCGUAUAAGCAAGCAGACAACUCCAAGGCCCAGGGUCUAACUCCGGAGGCGAAAAUGGAAGAAGCGGAGUCCGACAAGUCCGGCGCGCCUAACAGAUGCGCGACGAUGUGCGUCUUUGGCUGCCUGGCGGCGAUGGGCUGUCGCUCGUCCAUCGUGCGUCGUCUAGCCUUCUACCCGCCUCAGCCCGCCGGCUACUCGAUCGGACCGCAGGGUCAGCUGUACACUUAUGAUGGGUCUUCGGACUCUCAUCGCCAGAGCCACAACCAGUCCGCGCCUCCCGCUGACAGCAUCAAUAGCGCGUCUGGAGCGGCCACUGCGCAGCCGGACAACCCGCCCGCGCAGCAGCUUCAACGCGAGAGCAUGCAGCAAUUGCUCCAACGUACGGGGUUGCCCGAGCGCUUGAAGGUGUUGUCGAUUCCGUGUGGCAGAGUCAAGCUCGCGGCGCUCUUCAUUUACCAUCCUCUCUCUCCCUCCUCGUCCUCCACAGGGCCUCUCUCAGAGUCGGAGUCUGGGCAAGGUCCCGCCAGCUCUGUGCUUCCUGCAGGAGAGGGGAACGCGCGAGAACAGACGCGGGGGGCGGCGGGGCCGCUGGCUGGGGGAGCAGACAGCUGCGACGAUCAGGUGAUGCAUGAGAGCGCAAAGCGGCUUCCAUGCAUCAUCUUUUCUCACGGGAACAGUACGGACAUCGGCUUCAUGUUCGGACUCUACUAUCGUCUCGCCUACAAGUGUCGAGUAAAUGUGCUGGCGUACGACUACAGUGGAUAUGGCUGCAGCGGGGGGAAGACGUCUGAAAAAGCAUUGUACAGAAAUAUUCGAGCAGUCUGGACGUACGCUACUCAGAUGCUUCACGUGCCGCCUCGGCAGAUAAUUCUGUACGGCCACAGUGUUGGGUCUGCUCCUUGCUGCGAUCUGGCAAUGCGAGAAAAAAGCUUUCCUGUUGGCGGCGUCGUCCUGCACUCUUCUAUCGCAUCUGGCCUGCGCUUGUUUUUCGACGACAUUAAAAAGUCUCCAUGGUUUGACGCCUUCCCUAAUGUUGAAAAGCUAAAGAAGGUCAAGAGAACGCCAGUUCUGAUUAUCCAUGGGCAGCUCGACAGGCAGGUCUCGUGGAUUCACUCACAAAGACUGCAAGACGCGGCGGCGGCUGCAGACGCGGACUGGUUCAAGGAACUGGAGCGCAAACGGGCGAGAGAAAAGGCAUCAGGAAAGAAGCGACUCACUGAAUCUCCGAACGAGGAGACGCAGCUGAAUGCAGCUGCCAUGGACGAACUGCACUCGCAGCGCGUACAGGUGUGGUGGGUGGGAAACGCCGACCAUAACGACGUUGAGCAGAAGUCUGGGGAAGCGUACUACAAGCACAUCGGAGACUUCAUUCACUUCUGUAAUGUGUGGGCGUCGAAUUGCCAUGGCGGUUGACGUUAUGUGCACUCGGUGGGGGAUUCGGUUGUGAGCCAUUUCUGAUGGCAGUUCACUGUACUGGACGCGAAGGCAGCACUUCUCUGACAGUGAGUAUAGGCUUCAAUAAUUCGGUGGUACACGCUUGGGGUUGAUGCGCGCUAAUUUCUCGAUUAUUUGGUGAGGAAGCACAGAUACGAUUGAAUAUGUUUAUGAACACAAGCCGCCAUAUGUAUCACUGUCGUUCUUGCGGUGUCCGUCUUUUGUGCUGCAUUGUAAUGUGCGUAAUCCUCGCGGUAGCGUUUGGCACACACCGGAUGCUGUGGAGCGGGGGCCUCUCACUGUCAUUCUGCAUCAGUCAAUCCAACGGAGAAGACAAGGCUGCAGGAACGUGGCGUGGUUGAGCCCGACUGAUAUGGAAUCUGUGUGGAUGCGAUCGAGCAGCUGAAGCCCUGAUCCGGGGAACCGCGGAUGCGGUUUUGCACCGAGUUGCUAAUGCUGUAUGGCCCGCAAUGCUAAUAUUUAAGUAAACUAUCUCACCGGACUCUUUGUCACGAAGGGUGUUGGUUAUCAUCUUCUCCAGUGACACCCAAUGUGUCCCACAGUAAACUUCACUUUUAUCUAUAUUGUGGGUAAUCAACUGAACGGUCGAUGUUUGGGGUGUGGUUAUGUAUCGCCUUGGUGUGGAACGACGAAAAAUGAGGUGGACAAUACGCAGGAUGUUUUAGGAGCGUACGCUCUCGCAGGUGAAGUAGUCUACCUAGUUCACCGUGCAUUUUCUCAACGAGAAGAUUCAAGGAAACCAUGGAAGGUAUGGAUUUCUACGUCCUUCUGGAGGCCCAAUAAUUCUCCUCCAGCAAUACCGGAUGCUCUCGCAUUUCAUGGUGCCAUGGUGUAAGGAUGCGACUGUGAUUAAUGCUAUUCGCUGUCAACAUUCACGACUUUCACUCUGAAGAUUCUGUCACAGUGUUAUGGCUUUCGGGACUGACUAAUUCUGUACGGUUGUCAACCAAUGUGCAGCAAACUAUCGAUAUACCGG